UAAAUCUACAGCCAUGGAUGCCAUUUUUUCUGAAAGUGUACGCAUCAUCGAGACCAGCUCCAGAGGACAUCUCCACACUCUCAUUUUGCAAGAACCCCGGUCAUGGAGGGCGCUAUUCCCAUUGCUACGAACACAAGGAUUGCUGUGGUCACUGGUGGGAACAAAGGGAUCGGAUUUGAGGUAUGCCGGCAGCUGGCUAGCAAAGGCAUCACCGUCAUCUUAACAGCGCGGAACGAGAAGAGGGGUUCAGCUGCUGUCCAGGAGCUCAAAGAUGCAGGACUCCAUAAUGUCAUUUUCCAUCAAUUGGACAUCACUGAUGCUCCGGGCAUUGCUCGAUUGGCUGAUUUCUUGAAGGCCCGUUUUGGAAGGAUAGACUUCCUGGUGAACAAUGGUGCACUUGGUGCUGUUGAGUAUGUCGAAGAUCCUGCUAAUAUUGCAGCAACGAGCGAGGAAGAGUUGCGUGGCAUGAGUAAGGAGGAGAGGGAAGUAUGGAUGUAUUCGAAGGUCAGGGAGACUUUGCCCGCCGCAAAGGAAGGCAUUCGCACCAACUACUAUGGAACCAAGGAUGUAACCGAAGGCUUGCUGCCCCUCCUGAAAGCUGCCCCGGAUGGCAGAAUCCUUUUCGUCUCCUCUGACUUUGGGCUCAUAGGGCAACUCAAAGACGAGCAACUGAAGAAGGAGCUCGACGACAUUGACAAUCUCACCGAGAAGAAGCUGGACGAGAUGCUGACCACGUACCUGAAGGACUUCGAGGCCGGCGCACUGGAGGCGCGGGGGUGGCCGACGCAUUUCUCGGCGUACAGGAUGGGCCUGGUCGCCAUGAACGCGUACUCGAGGAUCAUCGCCAGGAGACACCACGAGCUGUGCAUCAACUGUGCCAACCCUGGCUACAUCAAGACAGACAUGUCCGUGUACACCGGGACCCUGACGCCCGCGGAAGGCGCCAACAACCUGCUCAAGGUCCUGCUGCUGCCGCAGGGUGGGCCGACCGGCAAGUACUUCGACGAGGGCACGGAAGCGCCGUUCGUGUGAUGUGGCCGCGCGCUGGCCCUCGACCUGCUUGUUACCUCCGGACGUGCAAGUUCGUCUGCUGCAUUGAGACUGAGAAUAAAGCGUUCCUGCUAUGUGCUGCUUUCGGAUUAAUUUCAAAUAAAUGACUACUGUUGAG